CAAAUAGUUGUUGAGGCUGCUGUUGCUUUGUUAACACAUGAUUGACGCGGCCGCCAUUUUCCUGUUGGACUGCUUCCCAUUGUGGAUAAAAAUACAGACAAGCUAAACCUUUCUCACGACUUCUACCUACUUUUCCUCAAGGUGAGUAGCCAUGGCCCGUACAAAGCAGACUGCCCGUAAAUCCACUGGAGGAAAAGCUCCUCGUAAGCAGCUGGCCACGAAGGCCGCUCGUAAGAGCGCUCCUUCUACUGGAGGAGUCAAGAAGCCCCAUCGCUACAGGCCUGGUACUGUGGCCCUACGUGAGAUCCGUCGUUAUCAGAAGUCCACUGAGCUGCUGAUCCGAAAGCUGCCGUUCCAGCGUCUGGUCAGAGAAAUCGCCCAGGACUUCAAGACUGACCUGCGCUUCCAGAGUGCUGCCAUCGGGGCUCUGCAGGAGGCCAGUGAGGCUUACCUGGUGGGUCUUUUUGAGGACACCAACCUGUGUGCGAUCCAUGCCAAGCGCGUGACCAUCAUGCCCAAAGACAUCCAGCUGGCCCGCCGUAUCCGUGGAGAGCGCGCUUAAAUGUCCUGCUCUGACCCCUCUUGGCUUUAGCCUCCCUUUUCCUGUCUUAGUGGUGUUUGGAAAAGAUUAUUAAAAUUACGAGUAAAGAAGAGAGACCUCAUGUAUCUUAUCUGCGUUGUUCACCUGAUGUUUUGGAGGAGGUUUAGAGCUUUAGAGUAGAUAGGAAGAGGAGCAGAGGUGAUGGUGCUACUCAAACUUACCUCCAUGACUUAUACAGUAUCCAGACUGGAUUCUAUGCUUUCUGUUGUGGUUUUAAUGUCUGCUUUUAUUUUUGCUAUAAUCAUGCCAAUUGUUUUGCUUUUGACUAAAGCCUAUAAAGCAAAUUAAAUAGGAACCAAAUGAGAAAUUAUUGAAUUUGAUUUUAAGUGCAUUUGCCUUGUUUUGUUGAACCAAACUCCAUGUGGCAUCUUUAUGUUGCCCUUUUUGGCUAUCCUGUUCUAAAAUUUACCUGUCAGACCUUUCUCAGGUUGACCAAGUUUAUUUUUACUUAAUUUGAUUGUGUGUGAAUUAGCAAUGUUUGUAUGUUUUAAAUGUGUCUGAAAUAAAUGAACACUCAAUUAGGUGUACAAAGCU